GACAGGCUGACGGGCGACCAUACGGCUCCUGGUCCGCCCCUGGAUGGCCGGCCUCCGUCGGCCCACCUUCUGCAAUAGGCUGACCGGCUUGUCCGUUACGGACGUCAGAAGAAAGGCAGAAAAAGAAAAGCUAUUUUGAGAAAGUUUCGGAUACGCCUUUUCAAAGUGACUUAGAAGCUGGGAGCACACAGUUCCAAGAUGGCGCCCUCUGGUCUGAUGUUUGCAUUUGCUGCGUGGUCGAGCAUGGUCACUAUCACUCAGGCUGGAAAUGAGUCGCAUGCCAGGAAUGCAUCAGCUGCAAUUUCACCCUUGCUGCUUGUCUCAUUUGAUGGUUUCCGAGCGGAUUACCUCGAAAAGUAUCCCCUCCCUAACCUGCGGGAGUUUUACUCUGAUGGCGUACUCGUGGAUCACCUCACCAAUGUCUUCAUCACCAAAACCUUCCCGAACCAUUACAGCCUCGUGACGGGGCUCUAUGCGGAAAGCCAUGGAAUCCUGGCCAGUACCAUGUACGACCCCGUGAUGAAUAGAACGUUCUCUGUCCAUAACCACAGCAUCGAUGCCGUCUGGUGGAACGAGGCCACCCCCAUCUGGGUAUCCGUGCAGAAUUCCGGGUACAAGACAGCAGCCGCCAUGUGGCCGGGCUCUGACGUCGCCAUCCAAAACAAGACGCCCACGUACUUCAUGAAGUAUGACUCCAAAGUGAGCUUUCGGGAUCGUGUGCUUAGUCUCACUGAUUGGCUGGUCAGAGAUGAAGCUGUUAGGCUCACCGUUCUGUACUGGGAGGAGCCAGACAACACCGGUCAUACCUAUGGCCCCGACAACGUCACGGAGAUGACGAAGGCCCUCAAGGAGGUGGACGACAACAUCGGCUUCCUGAUGCAGCAGCUGAAAAGCAAGGGUCUCUGGGACAAAAUCAACGUCAUAGUGACCAGUGACCACGGCAUGACCCAGUGCUCUCCAGAUCGACUCAUACAGCUGGACAAGUGUCUGAAUGCCAGCACAUACACCUUAGUGGAUGAGACCCCGGUCGCGGCCGUUUUGCCUCGUACAAAUGUCUCUCUUGUGUUUAACUCUCUGAGCAAGUGUCACUCGCACAUGAAAGCCUACAUGAAGACGGACAUUCCUGAUAGGCUGCAUUACAAGAACAACGUGAGGAUUCAGCCAAUCAUCCUGGUUGCAGAUGAAGGCUGGACAAUCGUCCAGAAUGAGAAACACCUACGUUUGGGUGAUCAUGGCUACGACAAUUCCCUUCCCAGCAUGCACCCCUUCUUAGCAGCCCACGGUCCUGCUUUUCGCAAGGGCUACCGGCUGCCCCAUUUUAACAGCGUGGACAUAUACCCCUUAAUGUGCCACCUCUUGGGAAUAUCUGAGAAGCCCAACAAUGGCAGUUUCUCCAGCACCCGCUGCCUCCUAGCUAGUGAGAGCUGCCUCGACCUCGCCAGCAUCAUCGGGAUUGUCAUUGGUUCCCUCAUGGUGCUCACCACUCUCACCUGCCUCUUCAUCUUCAUAAGGAACCGGGUGCCAAAUUCAUCGCGGCCCUUCGCCCGCCUCGAGCUACAGGAGGAUGAUGACGAUGACCCUUUGAUUGACUAGGGGUUUCACUGGUUCCAGGCUUUGAAUCUGAUGUCCUGGUUUAGGUCACCAUGGAUACUCAGAAGGUUUAAACAAAUCAGGGGUUUAAGAACAGAGCAGAAACUGUAGUGUUUGUCAAAAAUAUAAGAACAGCUGCAAGCACCUUCACUUGACAACUGUUUCUGAAGUGUACUGGUAGAAUUAUCAAUGUCUAGACUCAAACUUCGCUGGUGAUACAUUUGGAUAUAAUUUUCUUUACGCCACCUACCCAAAAUUCAGAGUGCAAGCUCCUUUGGAGAUAAUUGGCAUCUGAUAAUAAGAUUACAACAAUAUUAUACAGUUAUGGCACCAUGUUCAAAAGAAUAUUGGCAGGGACAUCUUGAGCACCUUGGCGAGAGCAUCAGUAUGUAACAGCAGAUAGUGACCUUGCUGGUGUAUAAUAGUAUUGGUAUUUAAAUGACUGCUGACAUUGUAAAUGGUUUUUCCUGAUUUAAUUUCAGGAAGGUUAGGUAUGAAUGCAGGUGUGUGUGUCUGUUUUUUUAAGGGGAAUGUCACUUUUCACUGUAGAUUUAGCAGUGUAAAUAAAAAGUAAACAUGAAAUGUACUUAGCAGUUAGCCUGAGUGCCUUAUAUAGCUACAUUGAGGAAUAGUAGAUAUCUGGAAUUACUUGAAUAUACUUUGUGUGUGGAAUAUGGUUCCAUUAACAAUUUUCUUUAAAGGACAGCAGUGCCCACUUUGUAGUGAUACACUGAAUUCAUAAUUCCUAGACGAUGCAGUUCUGGUUGUGUUCCUCAUAAAUAUACAUUGUGUUUGGCCACUUUCGCUUUUGUCUGCGAGCUGCUGUCAUCUCAGCGUCCCUGCUUUAGUAUUCUUCCCGAAUGGCGGCACCUUUAGCCAUUUAUGCCAGUGUUUCCUGAGCCUGUCCACAGGGAGCCCGAGACAGGUGACAUUUCUACUCCCACAUUGUACCUAAUUGAGAAGCACUGCCACUAUGCAACGGAGCCACGUAAUCACAAAAUAUCUCUAAAAAUGGUGGAACGUUCUUAAAGGGAAUUUUGUCAGAUCUUGGUUGUCUUUUUUGCACUCAAAGCUAAAUUUAUGUGACAUAAAAAAAUAGGAAGAGGUAGUGUCAUAUUUUUAUGCUGAAAACAAUAGCUUCCCUUAUCUCAUUACAAAAAUGAUUUGAUUGUAAAACACAAAAGGCACUUUUUGAAUGACUAGUUUAUCUUGCGCAAUUGGGCCAGACCUGUAGCCGUUGAUGUUUAUGUAUCUAAAACCAAUGACUACUUAUAACUUGCAAUACAUACAUAAAUUCAGCAAAGGGCACACUGAUUAGUAUUCGAGGUGUAGUUCUUAUAAUCUUGAUCAGGUGUCCUAAUCUGGUUGACUCCAGUUGGUACCAUUUAUUUUAGUAUGUUUGUUAGUUUCGUUUUAAGUGACUUGAAAAUGAAAGGGAUUUGCUGUUUUUUUUUUCUUUUUUCAGUGAAAGUGGAUGAGAAUGCUGUUUUUUGUAUUUUUUAUUUUCUUGUAUGCAUCUAUUGUAGCUGGGGUCAGAAAUGAGGUGGAUGCUAUUAUUUCUGCUUAUGGGGGUGUCUUUCCAGUCAGGCACGUUCACUAUGCUACCGUGAAGUAGCUUACAGGUCAAAUUCCAGCACUUUGUGGGAGAUGCAGCUGUCUACUGGGAGACCCCUCUGCCCUGAGCCCCCCCGUCGAUCAUUUCCUCUGUGGACAUAUUUGACCGGCGUUUCUCAGAUCAGUCCUCAGGGCCCCGACUGUCCACGUUUUUCUCUAUCCCAACUCCCUGGCAGAGGGAAAGGAUAAGCCGAGGACUGGUUUGAGAAACACUGCAUUAGACCAUCUUUUGGCACUGUGUCUGUGUUAAAAACCUUGAUGAUUAUAUGAUUUAUGAAAGAUGGAAGGAAUGCACUCGAGGAAAUAUUUAUUUGUUGUUUUCUGAAACCCACUGUGUGAUACUGUUAAAGUUACAGGUGUAAAGAUGUUUAUUUUUUCUAGGUUUUUCUAUUUUUUUCCCCCCAAAAUCAGGUUUUGGUUUUGUGAAUCUUUUUGGAGCACUUUUAGGAAUUAACAUUGUCAUCUUUGUUUAUUCGGGGUUUGCCAGUUGAGGAAGUCGCUGUAUUUAAAUGACAGCCCCCAGCUCUCUGUUUCAUUGAGUUUAAAAAGCAGAACAUGACAAGUUAUGGCAAAAUGGAAAACUAUACCUGCUGUAAAAAACAAAAAGCAUUUACCAGACCUGUAAUGCAAGCAUGCCUGAUCACAUGUCCAAGACCUGCAAAAUAAAGGGAUUUGGUAUUGUUUAAA